AACGCCUGUUUCUACCAGUUAAAAUAAAUCGUUUGGAGUACAAUGUAAUAACAAUGUAACAAUUCAUAGUGAAUAUCGCAUUCACAGCUUAAAAUGAUGUAUUGUUUUUUUCACUUAAUUCACAUCUUUAUAUUUUAUUUGCAUGAUGCAUUGCAUGUUUCAAUCUUGGAAUGCAUAUCUUUUUUUUUUUAAUUAUUUUUAUGCACUUUUGAUACAGUCCCUUAAUUUGCUCAGUGAAUGUCUAACGAACGUCCAACAUAAAACCAACAUUACCGCACCUGGUUAUGUAUACAUGAAACCAUGUGCAUUUAUACCAUAUGUUUAAAACGUCUAUUGCUGUUUGCACUAUUGGAUGCUGAUUUGAUGCCUCUCAUGACAAUAAAGUGUAAUCAAUCUAAUCUAGAUAAUGUGAAGGUGUGUUUUGGAAAUAUGUUCAUCAAAUUCCCUCAAGAGAGUACCAGAUCCAUGAUCCUUAAAGACCAUGAGCAGCUUGACAAGGAAAUAACUGACCUCCGCAAACGAUUAAAAACAAAAAUAAAUCGUCUCAAUGACUUGCAAGGUAAGCCUGAACUCAGAGGAUACAACCUUUCUCCUCUGAGCAGUGAUGAGAUUAAAGCAAUUAACAACCUCCUUAAGAAAUAAUAUCCACUAGCUUCUCGGACUGUCUUGAACCUGAGGGUAAUGUUUGGACUGGACUGUUACCUGUGCGUCGGAGCACUGAAGUGUCUGCAAACCGCCUGUGACUUUACUAACUCAGCAGAAGAACUUUUUUCAGUUGACUUUUGGUGACUAGCUCACACAAUGUGUCUUUUCAUCAUUCAGUGCUUUUACAUGGCAUUUGUUUAAAAGUCUUGCCUGCGUUUUGUGGUGUGAGAAACACAAUUGUUGAAGAGAGUAAGCCAAAAAUAAUGCUAAAAUGCUUGGGUGGGUAUUAACACAACAUGUAGCUUGUAUGUUGUUACUUUCACAGGUUCUGUUAUUAAUGGCAAGCAAACACAAUUGUUGAACUUUCGAAUUCAAUGAAGUGUCCGUCAAAGUCUGAAAACUCAUUUCUGCAGUAAU